GACUCAGCACGCUGACCCUUCCCGCGGAUUGUUCGGGUGAUUUUGGCCCACGUGGGCUGUCUGUUCAGUACACACAAGACGUUUGUGGGUGUCCGCCAGCACACACAGGACGUCUGUGGCUGUCUGUGUGUGUUCAUGUGUGUCCGUCUGUGUCUGUCCAUCAGUACACAUAACAGGAAGUAAAUAAAGACUUUGCCACAUCUACAGAGAGUUACAAGCUGUUCCCACCAACUCAAUGCAUAGCGACCGUGGCUGUCCAAGGGACACGUCCAAACCAAGCGUGUCCUGGUCAGUUCCCAUCAAACCACACAUCUUCUCAUCUGAAGAACAUGGGUGAUUCUCAACUUCAGGACACCAAAUCUCCAACGCUUUACCACACAAAUACUCACUGAUGAAAGUCACAAGAUGGUGAGAAAGGGUCGUCCAAGCUCACUUCUCUUCCCUGAUUGUUUUCUAAAUUUUUCAACUGUUAAGAACAAUGUGGAUUGCUAGUAACCAUAUCAAGGAAGAACGGAUCGCGUCCAGGCCCAAGACCAAGACCACGUCUGCAUAGGAGAGAGAGGCGGCUAAAGAUUAAGCCGACUAUAGAUUAGGAUGAUUUCCUUUUCUCUUCGUGUUUAUCUUUAAGUAGUUUUCCUAUUCUCUUUAGGAAAAGGAUUUGUACUCUUUCCAUUUAUCUAUUCCUUGUAAUCCCUAUAUAAGGGAACACUUUGAUUAAGUAAUAUGACACACGAUUUCCCCGAUUUUUCACAACACUUUAUCAGCACGAUAGCCUCUAAAUCCCUGAGACCAAAAUCGAAACCUAAAAGCCUAAACCGGCAACUCAAAGCUAAAACCCUAGACGUUUCCUGUUCAUCCUAAAAACCUUGACGUCCUCAAGACCGAACGUCCUCAGCUUCCUGAUCGCGUCCUCAGCUCGCACACGAGAAGAACGCAUCCGUCCAAGAAUACCUCGCACCCGAGACAGCUCGCGUUCGUCCUCAGCUCGCGUCCGACUACAUCCGCGACCUGAUAGGAGGCAGCAAGCGUCCAUUUUUCUCAGCUCGAAGUUUCAUCCAUUCUCAGGUGGUCCGGUUCUAUACCUCUACGAAACAAAGGUAUAAACAUAAUCUGAGAACCUAGAUAGAGAACAUAAACCCUAAUCCAUCAUUAUGGAAACUGUAUUCUCGAUGAAACCAUAAAAAGAAACUACAAGAUUAAAAUCGACAAGUCUUAAAACUAGAAAGAUAAACGAUUCCAACUAGAAUAUGAUUGUAUGUUGAUUGAUUAAAUCUGAAAUCUGACAAACCCUAUUGAAGGAAUCGAAAACCCUAAACACUAAAAGAAGUUAGAAUCCGAUUUUAAGAUUGAUCUUGCUUGUUUGAUUUCUUGCUUGAUUUCAGGUUUAGGAUUGUUAGAUUGUUUGAAAUAAUCUAACUAAGUAUACAAAUACUUAAGGCCUUGAAACCUUAACACACGGUUGAUAGAAUUUAAAAGAUUGAAAACCCUAGGUAUUAUAAAAGAAGUAAGUAUAAGGUAUAUUGCUUUACAUGAAUCUGAACAUGGUAUUGCAUUCAUAACUAAUUGAAACAAGAUCGACCAGCAUAUAGAUCACGCGAACUUAGGUUGCUUGCAUUAGUAAACCUAUAUGGCCGUGUGGCUGAUGAUUGAUAGCACCAUGGUCGAUUAGUAUUGUUUUGAACAUCAUAAAUGCGUAAGACAUGUUGUGGCCGAGCUUGCUUAUAUCCUGCGGCCACGUGAUCACAUUAUUAACCUAAAAUCUUAUAUGAUAAUGUGAUUCAGAUGUCGAAAAUAGCAAACAGAGACUACGCAGCCCUUAAUCUCUCCGGAGACAAUUACUUGCAGUGGGCGCUAGAUACAAGGAUCAGUCUAAAGUCCAAGGGACUCGGUGAUACUAUCACCGAGGACAACAAUGAGAAUGAAAAGAAUAGAUACAGGGCCAUAGGCCUUAUGCGCCAUCAUCUCAUUGAAGGUCUUAAAGAUCAGUACAUGACAGUUGAGAAUCCACUAGAUCUUUGGAAUACUUUAAAGCAUAGAUAUGAUCACCAAAAGAUGGUGUUGCUUCCAAAGGCAAGGCACGAUUGGAUGCAUCUAAGGUUCUUAGACUAUAAGUCUGUGGAUGAGUACAAUUCAGCCUUAUUCAAGAUAGUUUCAAUACUAAGGCUUUGUGGUGAAGAAGUAUCCGAUAUGAUGAUGCUUGAAAAGACCUAUACGACUUUCAAUCAGUCGAAUUCUGUGUUGCAAGAGCAAUAUAGGACAAAAGGUUUUGCCACAUAUACUGAUCUGAUCUCAUGUCUACUCUUGGCCGAGGCAAACAAUGAGCUCCUAAUGAAGAACAGUGGAGCCAGACCGGCCGGGACAGCACCAUUACCCGAAGCCCAUGAGGUUGAAAAGAAAGAUCCCAAAGAGACCUACUUCACCAAAGACAAUAGGAAACCAUAUGGCAAUGGCCGUGGUGGAUACAAGAGGCGUGGGCGUGACAAUCAGAACGGUCGAGACAACUACUCAACCGGCCGAAGAGGAAACCACAAUAACCGUGGUCGUGGUUCCAAUUACGGCCGGGGUCGAGGCAGUUACGGCCGUGGACGAGGUGUCAUAUCCAAACCAUCUUACACGUCCAAGUCAGUAUGCCACAGAUGCGGGAUGGACAACCAUUGGGCCAAGAAUUGUAGAACUAUGAAACACUUGUGCGACCUCUACCAAGAGAGCCUCACGAACAAGAACCCGGAGGCAAACAUGAUCCAAGAAAACGGUUAUGAUGACAAAGGAUAUGGAUAUGAUGCUGACAAUGAAUCCGACAAAGAUAACAAAGAUGACCUAAUGGAUUUUGAGACAUCCGAUUGUCUCAAGGACUAGUUUUCGAAUCACAUUGUCUUAUUGCUUUAUGUUUUU